AGGGGGGAGUGUCCCCGGAAGCGCGCGCGGCGGGUCCCGGGGUCCCUUCCGCCGGCGGCGGCGGCGGCGGCAACAGCAGCAGCAGCGUCAUGGCCGCCGUCCCGCCCGACUCCUGGCAGCCGCCCACCGUCGCCAUGGAGACCACGAUGGGCCCGCUGGUGCUGGAGCUCUACUGGAAACACGCCCCCCGCACCUGCAAGAACUUCGCCGAGCUCUGCCGCCGCGGCUACUACAACGGCACCAAGUUCCACCGCGUCAUCAAGGACUUCAUGGUCCAGGGGGGGGACCCCACCGGCACCGGCCGCGGCGGCGCCUCCAUCUACGGGAAGCAGUUUGAGGACGAGCUGCAUCCGGAGCUGAAGUUCACCGGCGCCGGCAUCUUGGCCAUGGCCAACGCGGGGCCGGACACCAACGGGAGCCAGUUCUUCCUGACGCUGGGCCCGGCGCAGUGGUUGGACGGGAAGCACAGCAUCUUCGGCAGGGUCUGCCAGGGCAUGGGGGUGCUGGGCCGCCUGGCCAUGGUGGAGACCAACGCCCAGGACCGGCCUCUGGACGACGUCAAGGUCAUCAAGGCUUUUCCUUCGGGGUAGUGGAUGUGGGCGGGGGGAGGUGGCAGGGGGGG